ACGUACGUUUAUCAGCAAUGACGAUUGAAAUUGCAAAAAUUCUGGAUUAACUAAGAUAAUUAACUUUUCGAAUUCAGUAUAUAUACUGGCAAGGCUUAAUACUUGCAUUCAAUUUAGUCCGUUCAUUCUAAUUGACUAAUCAACGAUGAAAACUGCACUCGCAUUCGCCCUGCUAACGGUUUGUGUGGCCCUGAGCGCUGGCCAAUCCCAAUCGCAUGGAAACGGCCAACCGGACUGCAAUGAUCCAAUCCAUUUCACCCGUUUGUGGCGAAAUAACUGGGAUCCCAAUUCUCAUUUUCGGUGUGAUACUGCAGGAGUUCCUGCUACAUUAGUUCGUUGCCAAGCCGCUUUCAUUGAACAAGAGCAAAGAUGUGGCAGUUGGGAAGAAUGGCAAUGGCGCACUCCCUUUGACCCACCACAUCACAACUAAAUCGUCUUUGGAUUUGGAUUUUUUUCUGCUAAGUGGAUGAUACGACCCAACUUUCGUUGAAAUAAAUUUUUACAAACAAUCUGAGUAGA